AUGGGAUUGACAGCAGCAGAUAAGUACAGAUGGAUUAUUGAGGCCGCCUGCGCCCACAGAGCGGUGUUUCUCAUAGAGAGGGUGUGUGCAGGUGGCAAUGUCAGUGCACGGGUGCAGGGGAACAGGGCCAUGAAGUACUUCACAGAGAACAGUCUUGAGUAUCAAGGUAAGGAUGUUAAAUUGUUAGAAGCAAACCCACAGACAAGACAAACUAAAAUUAUCAUCAAGAACUACAGUAUUCAUGUUGACGUGAAAUUUCUCAAGGACUUUAAAGAGAUUGUUUGCGUCGAGCGCAACACUGGACCAGGGGGACUGCCCAAAAAGCAAGCAAUUGCUAUGUGGAAGGGAGACCUGCCCCCAGUCAUUAAAAUAUCAGGCAUGAUGGUGUGCAAAGUGGAGAGUGUUAGUAACGUCACUCUAACAACAGUUAAUGACAGUAACGUCACUCUAACAGUUAAUGACAGUAACGUCACUCUAACAGUUAAUGACAGUAACGUCACUCUAACAACAGUUAAUGACAGUAACGUCACUCUAACAGUUAAUGACAGUAACGUCACUCUAACAACAGUUAAUGACAGUAACGUCACUCUAACAGUUAAUGACAGUAACGUCACUCAAACAGUUAAUGACAGUAACGUCACCCUAACAACAGUUAAUGACAGUAACGUCACUCUAACAGUUAAUGACAGUAACGUCACUCUAACAACAGUUAAUGACAGUAACGUCACUCUAACAGUUAAUGACAGUAACGUUACUCAAACAGUUAAUGACAGUAACGUCACUCUAACAACAGUUAAUGACAGUAACGUCACUCUAACAGUUAAUGACAGUAACGUCACUCUAACAGUUAAUGACAGUAACGUCACUCUAACAGUUAAUGACAGUAACAUCGCACUGAUAACAGUUAAUGACAGUAACAUCGCACUGACAACAGUUAAUGACAGUAACAUCGCACUGACAACAGUUAAUGACAGUAACAUCGCACUGACAACAGUUAAUGACAGUAACGUCGCUCUAACAACAGUUAAUGACAGUAACGUCACUCUAACAACAGUUAGUAACAGUAACGUCACUCUAACAACAGUUAGUAACAGUAACGUCACUCUAAGAACAGUUAAUGACAGUAACGUCACUAACAACAGUUAA